GUCCAUCUUGCUUGUUUUUUUUUAUUUUCUUUUUUUAAGAUCUGGGUCGUUGUUGGAAUUUGUUCCGGCCCUGGUUAUUAUUGUUGUUGUUGUUCUUCCCCCCUUCUUAACUUCUCCCUGUACAGUCUCCGAUCAUCGUUCUUAUCUCUUGAUCCCAGUUCCCUGAUCCCCCCUCAGGUUUCCUUCUCUGUGUGUUUCUGACCGCUGUGGCUGUGGCGGUACCGCAUCUCUGCACCAACCCUUUGGAGUACUAAGAACGACCUCCUUUUUUGUUUCAUUCCCUCCCUAGUUUUUUAUUUUUUUUUUUUAUUUAGUCUGUGACAAACUUGAUCAAGACCCUACUGCAUUCUGUUUUCUCUCUCACCUUUAUCCUGGAUAUCCUAAACCGCCUGUCACAAUGUCUUGGAAACUCACCAAAAAAUUAAAGGAAACCCACCUUGCUCCUUUGACGCAAACCUUUACCCGGUCCUCAUCCACAUCCACCAUUAAGGGCGAGCCCGGCGAAGAGACCCCUGUGGCCUCGCAGGCUCCGACUCCAACUAUUCCCACGUCAAACAUCAAUGGAAUCAAUGCCUCGGAAUCUCUCGUAUCGCCUCCCGUGGCUCCUGUCAAGCCCGGUAUCCUGAUCGUCACCCUCCACGAAGGACGGGAUUUCGCCCUUUCCCCGCAGUACCAACAGAUCUUCAAUUCGCAUUUCCAAAACAACUAUGCUAUGCGCCCGAGCUCCUCGUCCUCCCACUCCGCUCAUAGCCAGGCCGCAUCAUUCGUCCAUAAUGGCCGUCCUCAAUCGACUAGCGGGGGUAUCAAUGCUGCGCCCACAAUCCACGGUCGGUAUUCGACAAAGUAUCUUCCCUACGCUCUGUUGGAUUUCGAGAAGAACCAGGUUUUUGUCGACGCAGUUUCAGGGUCGCCCGAAAAUCCCCUCUGGGCCGGAGACAAUACCGCCUUCAAGUUCGAUGUGUCCCGUAAGACGGAAUUGAAUGUUCAGCUCUAUCUCCGAAACCCGGCCGCUCGGCCCGGUGCUGGCCGAAGUGAGGAUAUCUUCCUCGGUGCCGUCAAGGUACACCCACGCUUCGAAGAAGCCCAACAGUUUGUGGAGGAUCCCAAACUCAGCAAGAAGGACAAUCAGAAGGCGGCUGCGGCUCACGCAGCCCAGGAGCGCCAUUUGGGCCAGUUGGGCGCAGAAUGGCUGGACCUUCAAUUCGGUACCGGAUCGAUCAAAAUUGGUGUUAAGUUCGUCGAGAACAAGCAGCAAAGCUUGAAGCUGGAGGACUUUGAGUUGCUGAAGGUCGUCGGUAAAGGUAGUUUCGGCAAGGUCAUGCAGGUCAUGAAGAAAGAUACAGGUCGUAUCUAUGCCCUCAAGACUAUCCGCAAGGCUCACAUCAUUUCACGGUCGGAAGUCACGCACACUCUGGCCGAGAGAUCGGUGCUUGCACAGAUCAAUAACCCUUUCAUUGUCCCCUUGAAGUUUUCCUUCCAGUCCCCAGAGAAAUUGUAUUUCGUUCUUGCUUUCGUAAACGGUGGAGAGCUGUUCCACCACCUCCAACGAGAGCAGCGUUUCGAUAUCAACCGUGCCCGUUUCUACACGGCUGAGCUGCUUUGCGCAUUGGAGUGUCUGCACGGCUUCAAGGUCAUUUACCGUGAUCUCAAGCCGGAAAAUAUUCUCCUCGACUAUACGGGACACAUUGCUCUUUGUGACUUUGGUCUCUGCAAGUUAGACAUGAAAGAUGAAGAUCGGACGAACACCUUCUGUGGAACCCCUGAAUAUCUUGCACCUGAGUUGCUAUUGGGCAAUGGAUAUACCAAGACUGUUGACUGGUGGACGCUGGGUGUCCUCCUGUAUGAGAUGUUGACAGGUCUUCCUCCAUUCUACGAUGAAAACACCAACGACAUGUACCGAAAGAUUUUACAGGAGCCCCUGACUUUCCCAAGCACGGACAUUGUACCCGCCGCUGCUCGGGACCUUCUAACGCGACUUCUUGACCGUGACCCUCAGCGUCGACUGGGUGCCAACGGUGCUGCGGAGAUCAAGUCGCAUCAUUUCUUUGCCAACAUUGAUUGGCGUAAGCUGCUCCAGCGGAAGUACGAACCAAGCUUCCGACCCAACGUGGUUGACGCGCGUGACACCGCCAACUUCGACCGGGAGUUCACAUCAGAGGCACCUCAAGACUCAUACGUGGAAGGGCCCGUUCUGUCCCAGACUAUGCAGCAGCAGUUUGAAGGCUGGUCUUACAACCGCCCGGUUGCUGGUCUUGGAGAUGCUGGCGGCAGUGUUCGGGACCCAUCCUUCGGCAGCAUUCCCGAAUAAGCAACAUCUACUAUGCAGUAUCAAUGAGUAGUUUCAAGUUGAAACCGCAUUCUGCUAUGUGCUGUAGUCUUUCCUCCUUUUCUAGCACAAGGAGCCAAUGGCAUCUGUUUUAACAGCCCUGAUUUAGAUCGUUUCUUAGCGAUUUUGUUGUUUUCACUACCAUAUUUUCUUCAUAUCCCUUUUUCUUUCUCCUUUUCUCUCCAGGCUGGGUAUGCACUAGGAUUGUUCGGGCAAUCACUUUUUCUAAGGCAUCAAUGUCAUUUGACAUGACUAGUUCAUAGACAAUGGAUCAUCUAGGAUUCUGAA